AGACGGAGAAGGAGAGAUAAGCAAGAAAAACGGCACGACUGGCUUUUCUUACUCCUUCGCUGGCCACUGCUGUGUUUCAUAUUUCUAUUCAUUAUGGGUGAAUUUGGCUUUUAUGUUCUCAUAAGACAGGUUGUCAACGCCAAAGAAUGGAUUUCUGCAUGGCGUGGAAAAAAGGGUUUGUUGAGAAAAAAACUCCGAGGUGCGCGAAAUUACGAGGAAUGGAAAGAGGCAGCAAAAGUUCUCGAUAGCUAUCUUCAAUUUGACGAGUGGAAAAAGGUUGACGAAGAUCCAUUUUAUGACUGGAAGCUUGUCAGAAAAGUGAAAAAAUCGCUAAUGACUUUGAGAGAAAAGAAUGAUGCUCGAGGAUGCCUUGGAGUUUUGGAGACUUGCAUUCGCUCCAAUUUCGCUGCUCGAGGCAUGACUUUCCUUUUGCAAUCUUAUAAUAUGUCUCAUUCCUCAUCUCAGACGUUCCUGGGAACAAAAGAUCUCAUUGAGUCUUAUUUUGAAGAGCUAGAACACGCCUUGGAGUUUAUCAGAACUACGCCCGACCUUUCGAUUGACGAGAAAAAGCGAUUUUUCAAGAGUGCUAAUACAAAUCUGGGAGUUUCCGCUCUAUGUCUUUCUGGAGGGGCCUCUUUUGGUGCAAUAGAUCACUGUGGCGUGGUCAAAGCCUUUCUUGAUGCAGGUCUCCUCCCUAGAGUUAUAACAGGAACAAGUGCUGGCGGUCUCAUUGCUGCUUUGACAUGCACUCGCACAGAUGAGGAGCUCAAGAUUCUUCUGGCCCCUGAACUGGCGAAUAGAAUCACCGCUUGCGAGGAGCCAUUCAAUCUUUGGAUUCAACGCUUUUGGCAAACAGGAGCGAGGUUUGACAGCGUUACAUGGGCAAGAAAGUGUGCUUUCUUCACUCGAGGGUCUUUAACUUUCAAGGAAGCCUACUUGAGGACUGGCCGGAUUCUCAACAUAUCCGUGAUACCUGCGGAUCGACAUUCGCCUACGAAGCUUCUCAACUACAUAACUGCGCCAGACACACUGAUAUGGACCGCCCUCUUGGCCUCUGCGGCUGUUCCCGGAAUCCUCAAUCCAGUUGUCCUGAUGGAAAAGCUCCCCGACGGCAGUGUUGUACCAUGGAGCUGGGGGAGCAGAUUCAAAGAUGGUUCACUGAGAGUCGACAUCCCGCUUCAAGCAUUGAACCUAUACUUUAACGUUACACAUCCAGUAGUAUCGCAGGUUAAUCCUCACGUCCACCUAUUCUUUUUUGCACCUAGGGGAUCUGCAGGCAGACCAGUUGCUCAUAGAAAGGGGAAAGGCUGGAGAGGAAAUUUCUUACUGUCUGCUGCCGAACAAUGGCUCAAGCAUGAGCUUACCAAGAACUUCAAGGUCAUUCGGGACCUGGAACUGCUCCCACAACUACUUGGCCAAGACUGGUCAAGUGUUUUUUUGCAACGUUUUGAUGGUGCCGUGACAAUUUGGCCCAAAACUCGCCUUUGGGAUUGGUUCCGCCUUCUAAGCGAUCCCGACCCACCUGAAUUAGAACGAAUGAUACGAAUUGGAGAAGCAGUAACUUGGCCAAAGCUCCACAUGAUAGAAAAUCGAGCCAAAAUAGAGAAGAAAAUAUUGCUAGGUCGACAA